AUGAGUGGCAGGCCGCAAUGGAAGAAGCCACUCGUCGUGGAACAACCCCUUCCAGGAAAGCCACCCCCAUCCAUGCCACAUGAUAGUGCUUCAGCCUCGACUACACUGUCAACGGCUCCCGACACACAAGUUCGACACGAAGCAACUCUACUUACGAACCACUAUGAGAUCGUCAAGACAGCAACAGCAAAAUCUGGCCCCGCAACAACGAAUUCCCCUCCAGCAUCGAAAUCGCCCGUCAAGUCGACUGCUUCCAAAGUGUCGGUCUCCAGCCCUUCCAAAGCGACAGCUGCCAGGAAGACCCCUCCCAAAUCACCGGUCUCUAAGCAAUCAGGCUCAAGUCCGCCGAAGUCUCCUGGUUCGAAGCAAUCAGGUCCGUCCUCUCCGCAGGGCUUGCCUGCCACCACAGUUGCCAUUAACGACAUUCAAUUCUUUCGUUACAAUUUGACGUUCACACGCGAAUUGACCGAAGAUGAAAUAAAACGGCGAGCUGAGAAGAAAGCGAAAGAGGAAAAGAAAGCGAAGUUGGACAGGAAAGCGAAAGAGGAGAAGAAAGCGAAGGAGCCGGAGAAGCCAGCCGACGACCAGGAUCCGGACACUCUCGAGAACAAACUACAGCCUGCUGCGAAGGCCAAACGUCGUUUGAUCUACCUGCUGCUCAAGAAACUCGCUGAAGAGGACAAAAUUUCGGUCAAUGUCGCAAGCGACUACAACUCGUUCUUGGUGACUUGUUCACGUCUUCCACCUGGCGUCACUGGUAACAACCGUCAUCGCAUCGUACUCUACGGGGAUCACGAGCAGUAUGUGACUGCAUACCCUGUGUACCAUAUAACGAUCAAAGAAGGCCCUCGACUGCUGACACUCGAUGAGUUGGCCGCUUCGCAGAAAGGGACUCCUGGUGUGGCCUUCACAAGGGUAGACCAGAAAAACACUGUCGACGCGCUUAAUGCUCUUUUCACCCAUAUCGCCAAUCAGGCCACAUUCAAAGAUCGUUUGAACAGUCCUCGCGCCACAAUGACUCGCGUCGGCAGCAAGAAAUUCUUCGAACUCAAGAAAACUAAGGACUGCGGCCCUUGGGAUAUGAAGCAAGAGGCCGAAGGGCUGCAAGCUCGAACUGGCUUCUUCAUCAGUGUACGACUUCCAAAGGGACCACUAGCUCAGCCUUUGUUGAAUAUCAACACCACAACGUCAGCAAUCCGGCCUUCCGGCAAUCUGGAUACUCUACUACGGUCCCACGGAAAUGCCAAUAUUCUACAACUCGCCAGCGUGCUCGAAGGGGUCCAAGUGCACACUACGCAUAUUGCAGAUCCGGUUAUCCAGCGCAAUCAGCUUCGGCACAAAUUCAGCGAACUCGCUGGAGGGACUGUCGCAUUGUCCCAAGCUGCCAACGUCACCUUCAACAUCACGGAUAUCAACGGCACGAACACGACUACUACCGUUGUCCAGUACUUCCAGGCUAAUUAUCCUAAUGCAGGAGUGGUAGGAACGGACUUGGUGGUCGACGUCGGUUCCGGGCAACGCAGAACUUUCAUCCCAGCGAAGCUGCUUGUCGUCGAGCCUGAGCAAGUCUUCACACGUUCGACUAAGAUGGUCAACGAAGCUGCGCGAAGACCGGACGCGAAUCGCAACCUCAUCCAGGUGGACGGUAAGGACAUGUUUGGCGUCGGUCGCCAGGUUGGGCUUGGGCAUCUAUCUAAUCUCUUCGCUGGUCUGUCAAUCCGUCAGAAUAUGCUGCCUGUUCACGCCAAAGUGUUGGAGGCGCCCAAGGUGUCGUACCUAGGAGCCAUCACGAACCCUGCACUGCGCAAAGGCAAAUGGAACCUCCAGCAGCAGCGGUUCGCCAGAUCUGGAACGGCUAAAACAACGACUUGGAGCGUGCUCAGCUUGCAGACAACUGCUCUUACAGUCAGGGCUAGGUACAUCCAGGAUUUCCAAACAAAUCUCCAAACUGGAAUGCAAAGAUAUGGGCUUCAGGCCACAAAGUGGCCGCGUCAAAAUAACCUAGAUCCUCUGCAGACGUUCGCCUCUGCCGGUAGAACACCGGAGGAAUGGCUGGAACGGCUCACAGACAUUCAGAAGAAAGGUGUCGACGUGCUCUUCGUCCUGCUCCCGUCCAAGCACGCGUCCUUCUACACCAUCAUCAAACAGAUAGGAGAUCUCGAGUUGGGCCUCCAGACCAUUUGUCACGUUUGCGAUGAUCAGAAGCCUAAGAACCCGCCACGAAAUUUCCCAGCGCAGUGGUUUGGGCCCAAGACUGAUCCGAACACAAUCGCCAACCUGCUGCUGAAAUUCAACCUCAAGUCAAGCCAGCAUGGGGUCAACCAACAAUUCGCGGGCGAAAGAUCUUACUUGCUGGAAGGAGACACAAUGCUCAUGGGCAUGGACGUUACUCACGCUGGAGCCGGCGCUAUGAAAGGUGCUCCAAGCAUAGCAGCCGUCGUUGGCAGUAUCGAUGACCGCUUUGCACAGUUCCCUGCGGUGCUGGAGGAAAACCAGCGAAGAGUUCCUCUGCCGGGUGCAAAGUACGGCCUACCAAGCGAGGAGAUCCACCCGCUGGACAAGAUGGUGAAGAUCUCGAUCGAGAGAUGGAAGACGAAGAACGGCAGACUUCCUACUCGCAUCAUUGUUUUCAGGGAUGGUCUCUCCGAGGAACAGAUUGAGGACGUUUGUAAGCAAGCUGAGAACAAGCGCAUCAAUGAUGCGCUCACGGAACUCUACGGCAAGAAUCACCCCAAGGUCAUUACAAUCUGCACUGUCAAGCGUCAUCACACACGAUUCUUUGGCGACAAUCGUUCAGGCAAGAACGUUCAGGACGAGAUAUUCAGAAAUCCGGAUCAAGGGCCGAACGAGUCGGCAUACCUCGAUAAUCCUGUUCCGGGCACGCUCGUCGACAAUGGUGUUGUCCUAGACGAAGCAGGCCCUGAUAAUGAGCACGACUUCUUCCUGAUCAGCCACCACGUGUUCAGCAAGAAGGGCACCGCACGUCCAACCCACUAUGUUGUCACCCGCAACGAUGUCGAGGCCAAAAAGCUCGAUUUGGCGAUCAUGACCCACUCUCUCUGCUACCUCUUCGGUCGGUCCACCACCAGUGUCAGCGUCGCCACGCCGUCAUACUAUGCUGACCUGGCAUGUGAUCGUGCUCGCUUCUACGUACGAGAUGCGUAUGUAGGCCGCAGCCGGGAAGAGUAUGAUGAGGAACCGGAAACCCUCAAUGAUUACAUGGCGGUGCAUCCCAGGAUGAGCGAGUCGAUGUUCUACAUCUAG